CCCUCAGCUUCUCCCUCAGCCCGUGCAUUCCAACUUUCUUUUCACUCACACUCAUCACAUGUAACUAUCUCUAGCAUGUGCAAUUCAUCUCUCCGUCUGGCAAUCAUUCAUCCAAACCCUCCUGGCAUGACUGACCCGACUGACCACUGACUAAAGAAGCCCAGCCCCGCCAAUCGCUUGUCAGACGCCGAUAAGGUACAAACGAAAACAGAAAACACCCCCUCAAAGGACUCCCCCCGGAAAGUCGGACAUUUCGGUCAGCCUGCUUCCCAGUCGCCAAUCAUAGCAAAGAUGGCCUUAGCCUUGGGGUCCCAUCAUGCCAGCCAACCACCGCUUACCCGAUCAUUAUAUACCGUUUCGGCGGAACCCUCUAUAUUUCCCACCACUUCCUCCCCCGCGGCUUGGGUCACUCCAGCACACGACCAGCUUCUCCUCACCGCGCAGCCGUCCUCAGACACAGAACUCGACUCGGAACUCGCGACUGUCAUCGUCCCUGUCGACCCCAACACUACUCGACACCAACCUCCAUAUGAACCGGUGAUCGGGAAGGCCUUGGAGGGAGAAGAGCAGAUGGGUCCCGUCAAGACAAAGGCCACCAUUGGUGUGCUGUCGACUAUUAUAUUUUACAUGUGUGCCAACAGCAUCCUGCGGGCCACACGUCCAGAGGUAUUCAUUUGGCAAGAUGAAGACCGCGAGGAAUCCAGCUGGAUCGCUACCUCCAGGUAUUGGCUUGACAGGAAAUGCUGCCGCUGGCUGGGCGUCUGCGGUGCAUUCCACAUACAUUACAUCUCGGAGCACGACAAGUUUGGCCAUCGUCCCUCGAUAAAUCACCGAGAGCGCUUGGUGGUUCCCACGCCCGACUGGGACUGGCAGCAUGCCUGGACAGAGGGCAAUGAUCGGCCUGAAGACUGGACUCGCGAUGAACGAGUGCUGAGGGAGAUCCCAGACUACGUGUACGAGUAUGCUCCUCUCGUCCAUCUCUACUCAGGAGAACAGUUCUGGCCGUGCGACAUUGCUGAGCACCUCUACCACAUCACCCCAACCUUGAACUACACGCCGGUCCAGUCCGAGCAGCAGCACCCGUCGCUCCAGGACUUGGACGAGCUGAACCAGUGGGACAAGGGUCGGUGGGUGUUUCUGACUAGCAACGACAACGUGGAAGAACGGCCAGACUGGUUGGAGGGAGAGAAGAACAUCCCAACAGGACCGCCGAGGCCAGAUGACCCAUUCGAAGACAACGAGGGCUGGGUCCACAAACCAGGAAGAACGUAUCUUCAAGGUGUGAAGGAUGCAUUGGAUGACGCGAAAGAAUGGUUUGCACCGGACUUGGAUGGUUUCGAGGCAGACGACGAUUUUCAAAUGACGGCCUCGGGCCAAUCAGAGCAAACGCAGACCGCACGCCGGAUUCAUCAUGAAUUGAGACGCUCAACCGCUGCGGAUCACGCGCCGCCAGACAGGCUCCGAGGGGGUCGGAGCGAUGCGCCUGCAGUUCUGAUCACCGUCAACAAGGGCCAUGGCAUCGUCGACGCCUUUUGGUUCUUCUUCUACAGCUUCAACUUAGGGAACGUGGUGCUCAAUGUCCGCUUCGGCAAUCACGUGGGCGACUGGGAGCACACCGCCAUUCGAUUCCAACACGGCAAGCCGAAAGCCGUUUUCUUCAGCGAGCACAACUUCGGAUCCGCCUACAGCUACGAAGCUGUGGAGAAGAUUGGGAAGCGCCCUAUUAUCUAUUCCGCUUAUGGCACCCAUGCCAUGUAUGCGACACCCGGCACCCACCCGUACAUCCUGCCAUGGGGGAUUCUUCACGACAUGACUGACCGUGGGCCUUUAUGGGAUCCAGCUUUGAAUUCGCACGCUUAUACAUAUGAUUACAAGAACGACACCCUGCGGUCGUCGAACCAUACCCCGAACGCCCCGACCGAAUGGUUCCACUUUGCCGGCCACUGGGGGGAUAAAUUUUACCCUCUGGGUGAUAAACGGCAAUACCGGUUCGCCGGACAAUACCACUAUGUCAACGGCCCACUGGGCCCAAAAUUCAAGCAUCUGGGGAGGAAGAAGAUCUGUCAAGGGCCAGAAACGGCACCUUGCGUGGUCAAGAAUUGGCUAGGCAGUGGGGAUAAGAUUGGCCAUUUACGUCUGUCCACACUUGAAGAAGAGGAAGGAGACAACGACCUAUAGACGAGUGCGCGAGGAUGUGCAGACGAGACACGGGAUACGGAUAUGACUCUAGUGAUGUCUUUUUCACAUUUGUUUACAGUCCUUUGAUGACCAGCAUCAUGAUACCCUUUGCGAUACAGGUUUUGGAGGGCAGGAUGGCAUUGGCGGACGGCGUUCUGGGGAGAUCUACAGGAUCUUUGUUUCAUUAUCAGAUUAUCGCUUGAUACCCUCCUGCUAUAGACUCGGUUGGAUAUCUACGACUGCCUACUGUACCAACGGCUGAAUACAAGAACAGUGAAUGAGCAGUGGUCUAUAAUUGGCAAGUUGAACAGGACUGUUCUUUCCC